UCUACAGCAGAGAAAAUUGAAGUGCUAAGAGUCCAGUUCCAGCAGGCUGCUCUGGGCUUACCCUAUGGACAGCCUGGAGGGUGGCCGUCUUCCAGAGAAGGAUGGGGGUGGGGGGGGGGGAGACAGAGGGAUGGAAUCAAACAGUGGGAGGGAAAUCUGGCCAGAAGUAGUCGAGGAGACACCCCCCCCAGCCCCCAUGCCAUCAUCCAGGCCCUGCUGUUUCCACCUCCCAGAAGACAGCCAGGUGUGGCCCAGGAUCCCAGGAGGUGCAGGGGGAGGGCGGCGUCUGUGCUCCCAGGGCGCUGGCCCGGCCCAGGGGGGGACAGGAAGCCAGGACACCGGGGAUUGUCUCUAGCAGCCGCAGCCCUGCCUCAGCCCGGGAGGAAGUUCUGCCGGGCGCUCUCCGCUGGUGCCUCCCUCGCUGUAUUGUUGAACAGGAAACCGGGCUGCGCGGGAGCUGGGCGGUGGAGCAGGGAGCGUCGGACGCCGAAACCACGCGCGCCUGCCGGGACCAGUGGAGGCGAAGCCAGUGAGCGGACACCCCGAGCUCCUGCGCCCCGAGGUCUCCCCGGCCCAGCCCUUGCAAGCCCCGCCCAAGGAGAUGGCCGGGGCCUAACCUGCAUCCAUCCGCUGGCUCCGCCCGUCCAGCCCAUGGGCCCGCAGAGACCUGCCCUGCCAACAGAAACGCCACGGCCACGAUGGCGGCGGACGUCGAGGGGGACGUGUACGUGCUGGUGGAGCAUCCCUUCGAGUACACGGGCAAGGACGGGCGCCGCGUCGCCAUCCAGCCCAACGAGCGCUACCGGCUGCUGCGCCGCAGCACGGAGCACUGGUGGCACGUCCGGCGCGAGCCGGGCGGCCGCCCCUUCUACCUGCCCGCGCAGUAUGUGCGCGAGCUGCCGGCGCUCGGGGACCCCGCCACCGCCUCGCCGCCACCCGCGCUCCGCCCGGGCCCGGCAGCCCCCGAGCCGCUGGCCUACGACUACCGCUUCGUGAGCGCGCCGGCGCCCGCGGGCCCCGACGGCACGCCCGCCAAGCCCCGGGGCCGUGUGAGCUCCCUGUGCUGCCCCGCGCGGCGCGGCGCGGAGACCCAGCGCAGCAGCCUGGCGCCGGGCCUGCCCGCCUGCCUGUACACGCGGCCCGCGGCGCCCGUGCGGCCCGCGCAGUCCCUGGACGACCUGGCGCGCGCCGCCGUCGCGCCCCCCGCCGGCCUCCUCGGGAGCGCGGGCAGCUUCAAGGCCUGCAGCGUGGCGGGCUCCUGGGUGUGCCCGCGACCCCUGGCGCGCAGCGACUCCGAGAACGUCUAUGAGGCCAUCCAGGACGUGCGCGGCCCGCCGCGGGAGGAGCGCCCGCAGCAGGUGGACGACCCCCCCGGAGAGCCCGUGUAUGAGAACGUAGAGAGGCAGCCUUCGGUCCCUUCGUUGGGCGCCACCGCGCCCCCCCGGCCCCCGGCGUGGGAGACGCACACGGACGCGGGCAGCGGGCGCCCCUACUACUACAACCCAGACACGGGCGUGACCACCUGGGAGUCGCCCUUCGAGGCUGCUGAGGGCGCCGCCAGCCCGGCCACCUCCCCGGCCUCGGUGGGCAGCCGCGAGAGCCUCGAGACCGACUGGGGUCAGUAUUGGGAUGAGGAGAGCCGCAGGGUGUUCUUCUACAACCCGCUGACGGGCGAGACCGUCUGGGAGGACGAGACGGAGGACGAGCCCGAGGACGAGCUGGAGAUGCAGCCGGGCCUGAGCCCGCUCAGCCCCAGGGACCAGAGGCCCCCUACCCCUGAGACGGAUUACCCCGAGUCGCUGACCAGUUACCCGGAGGAGGACUAUUCCCCCGUGGGCUCUUUCAGUGAGCCUCGGUCCACCUCGCCUUUGGCCACGCCCCCCGGCUGGUCUUGCCAAGUGAGCCCCGACGGGCAGACGCUCUACACCAACCACUUCACCCAACAGCAGUGGGUGAGGUUGGAGGACCAACACGGGAAGCCCUACUUCUACAACCCAGAUGACGCCUCAGUUCAGUGGGACCUGCCCCAGGUUCCUGUCCCUGCCCCUCGAAGCAUCCACAAAUCCGGCCAGGACAGUGAGACCCCAGCCCAGGCCAGCCCACCUGAGGAGAAGACCAAGACCCUGGAGAAGGCUGGUGUGCUCCAUCGUACCAAGACGGUGGACAAGGGAAGGCGGCUCCGGAAGAAGCACUGGAGCGCCUCCUGGACGGUGCUGGAGGGUGGUGUGCUGACAUUCUUCAAGGACUCAAAGGCCUCGGCUGCAGGCGGCCUGAGGCAGCCUCCCAAGCUCUCCACCCCUGAGUACACAGUGGAGCUGAGAGGAGCCUCUCUGUCCUGGGCCCCCAAGGACAAAUCUAGCAGGAAGAAUGUGCUGGAGCUGCGGAGCCGAGAUGGCUCAGAGUACCUGAUCCAGCAUGACUCUGAGGCCAUCAUCAGCACCUGGCACAAGGCCAUUGGCGAGGGCAUCCAGGAGCUGUCCGCAGACCUGCCUCCGGAGGAGGAAAGCGAGAGCAGCAGCGCGGACGUCGGGUUCAGCGAGCGCCUGGGAAGCUGGCGGGAGGACGAGGCGCGGCCGGGUGCAGGCCCAGGCGCAGCCACCCCGGAGAGCGACCUGAGCAGGGUCCGGCACCGGCUCCGCAAGUUGCUGCUGAAGCGGCCCACGCUGCAGUCGCUGCGGGAGAAGGGCUACAUCAAAGACCAGGUGUUCGGCUGUGCGCUCGCGGCGCUGUGUGAGCGCGAGAGGAGCUCCGUGCCGCGCUUCGUGCAGCAGUGCAUCCGCACCGUCGAGGCCCGGGGGCUGGACAUCGACGGCCUGUACCGCAUCAGUGGAAACCUGGCCACCAUCCAGAAGCUGCGCUAUAAGGUGGACCACGAUGAGCGCCUGGACCUGGACGACGGGCGCUGGGAGGACGUCCACGUGAUCACCGGGGCCCUGAAGCUCUUCUUUCGAGAGCUGCCGGAGCCCCUCUUCCCCUUCUCGCACUUCCGCCAGUUCAUCGCGGCCAUCAAGCUGCAGGACCAGGCCCAGCGCAGCCGCUGUGUGCGGGACCUGGUGCGCUCUCUGCCCGCCCCCAACCACGAUACGCUGCGGCUGCUCUUCCAGCACCUGUGCAGGGUGAUCGAGCACGGCGAUCAGAACCGCAUGUCCGUGCAGAGCGUGGCCAUAGUGUUCGGGCCCACGCUGCUGCGGCCCGAGACCGAGGAGACCAGCAUGCCCAUGACCAUGGUGUUCCAGAACCAGGUGGUGGAGCUCAUCCUGCAGCGCUGCUCAGACAUCUUCCCGCCGCACUGACCGCGGGCCCCUGCUCACCCCUCGCGGCU